UCACAGUCGUAUUCUUUAUUCCCACAAUGGCGGAUGCAUCGCGCUUCAUUGCCUGGAGCUGCUGCCUCCAUCUGCUUCUCCUUGUUCUUGGUGUCCAGGGAUACGAGGUGACAAAAGCUAAGAUUGAGGUUUUCUACCCCAAGGGAUUCGAGGUCUCCAUUCCCGACGAGGAAGGCAUCUCUCUAUUCGCCUUUCAUGGCAAACUGAACGAGGAAAUGGAUGGUUUGGAGGCGGGCACCUGGGCUCGUGAUAUUGUUAAGGCGAAAAAUGGACGGUGGACCUUCCGGGAUCGGACAACGGCUUUGAAACCCGGCGAUACGCUGUACUACUGGACGUACGUUAUCUACAACGGACUGGGUUAUCGCGAGGAUGACGGGUCGUAUGUGGUCAAUAGCUACAGUGGUAAUAGCACCUCGGUGAGCACCCCUCGCACUCCGGUAGCCCCCGUAGUAACCACCCCCUGGACUCCGCCUGCCGAUCCGGAUAUCGACAUUAGGGUGGGCUGUACCACCCCCAAAACCGAGGUCAAUGGAGCACCCACUCGUUGCGCCGGUCAGUUGGUCUUCGUGGAUGAGUUUAAUGGCGCACGGCUGGAUCCCAAUAAAUGGAAGGCGGAGCGGAGAUUUUCCGGACAACCCGAUUACGAGUUCAAUGUCUAUGUGGACGAUGCUCCCGAUACCUUGUGCUUGACCAACGGCCAUGUGGCUCUAGCCACAAACACUAUGAAAAAGCACUUCCACAAGGGAUCAGAUGCCAGACUGGACUUGGGUGAAACGUGCACGGGAGUGGCUUAUACCCACGACUGUGUUCGCGAUGGCAGGACUAUGAAUGAUGGCCUGCCGCCGAUGGUCACUGCUCAGUUCUCCUCCAAAGCGUUCUCCUUCAAAUACGGUCGUGUUGAGGUCAGAGCCAAAAUGCCGCGGGCGCAGUGGGUGACCCCGCAAAUCUGGCUGCAACCGAAGUAUCCUAUGUACGGAGUUGAUGACUACAAGUCGGGGCAACUCAGGAUUGCCUACACCCGUCCGAAUGGAGCUAAUCUAGAUCUGCAUGCCGCCGCCAUUCUCUUCGCAGAUGAGCCCCUGCGAUCCGUGAUGAGCUGCUUAAAACCGGGCACUGGUAAUACUUCCGAGGACUGGAGCGAUAGUUUCCACAACUACACCCUGGAAUGGACUCCUCGGGAGCUUCGGUGGUUUGUGGACGGCAAGGAGUGGUGCACCAAAGGCAGUGAUACGGGAGCUUUCAGUGAGACAACAGCCGCCGGAAAAAGGUUGCCACAGGCCCAGAAACUUGAGGAGGGCUCUGGUCUGGCGCCCUUCGAUCAGGAGUUCUAUCUGACCUUCGGACUCAGCGUUGGUGGCUUUAAUGAGUACCAGCACGAGGUGAAACCCUGGAACGAGAGGGCCCCGCAGGCUCAGAAAGCCUUUUGGAAGGAUGUCAAGAAGAAUCGGGAUCACUGGCUGGACGAGGGGCACUUCAAGAUCGACUACGUCAAAGUGUAUUCUUUGUAAUAUUUCAAAAUCACAAAUACAUCAUAAUACUCGUACAUUGUAAUUCCAAUUAAAAUAGAAUUUGUUUUACUCACGAGUUUUAGGUAAAACAAUUCCUUUGCCUUUUUA